AGUUGGAAGCUUAGCAAGAGGCAGAGCAGAGGCAGGGUUAGAGUGCGAGCCGCAUGCCAGCCAAAAUGAUGGAGGAGCAGAAUAGCCCUGAGUAAGCAGAGAGUUGGUCCACACAGACAAUGGAGCGGCAGCACAGAGAGCAUUACCGUCAGGAGAACAUGCAGCCCCAGAGGGAGAGGUGGAGAGAGCGCGCAACCGCCUGACAGUCUGAUGGCUUCCCUGUUCCUGCCUCCAGCCCCCGUGCGUCCUGCCUGCGCAUCCUUCCCGGUGUUCAAGAAGGCAAGCCCAAAUGGAAAGCUCACCGUCUACCUGGGAAAGAGGGAUUUUGUGGAUCACAUCGACCUCGUGGACCCUGUGGACGGUGUGGUCCUGGUGGAUCCUGAGUAUCUCAAGGAGAGGAGAGUCUAUGUGACGCUGACCUGCGCUUUCCGCUAUGGCCGAGAGGACCUGGAUGUCCUGGGCCUGACCUUCCGCAAGGACCUGUUUGUGGCCAACGUGCAGUCCUUCCCGCCAGCCCCCGAGGACAAGAAGCCCCUGACUCGACUGCAGGAGCGCCUCAUCAAGAAGCUGGGCGAGCACGCCUACCCUUUCACCUUUGAGAUUCCUCCGAACCUCCCAUGCUCUGUGACGCUGCAGCCGGGACCCGAAGACACAGGGAAGGCCUGCGGUGUGGACUAUGAAGUCAAAGCCUUCUGCGCAGAGAACCUGGAGGAGAAGAUCCACAAACGGAAUUCUGUGCGCCUGGUCAUCCGGAAGGUUCAGUAUGCCCCAGAGAGACCUGGCCCCCAACCCACGGCCGAGACCACCAGGCAGUUCCUCAUGUCGGACAAACCCUUGCAUCUAGAGGCGUCUCUGGAUAAGGAGAUCUAUUACCACGGAGAGCCCAUCAGUGUCAAUGUCCAUGUCACCAACAACACCAACAAGACAGUGAAGAAGAUCAAGAUCUCGGUGCGCCAGUAUGCUGACAUCUGCCUUUUCAACACGGCCCAGUACAAGUGCCCUGUGGCCAUGGAAGAGGCAGACGACACAGUGGCUCCCAGUUCCACCUUCUGCAAAGUCUAUACCCUCACCCCCUUCCUGGCCAACAACCGAGAGAAGCGAGGCCUUGCCCUGGACGGGAAGCUCAAGCAUGAAGACACCAACCUGGCCUCCAGCACCCUGCUGAGGGAAGGCGCCAACCGAGAGAUCCUGGGCAUCAUUGUUUCCUACAAAGUGAAAGUGAAGCUGGUGGUGUCUCGGGGCGGCCUGCUGGGAGAUCUUGCAUCCAGUGAUGUGGCUGUGGAACUGCCCUUCACCCUAAUGCACCCCAAGCCCAAAGAGGAACCCCCACAUCGAGAAGUUCCAGAGAACAACGAGACUCCAGUAGAUACCAAUCUCAUAGAACUCGACACAAAUGAUGAUGACAUUGUGUUUGAGGACUUUGCCCGCCAGAGACUGAAAGGCGUGAAGGAUGACAAAGAGGAGGAGGAGGAUGGUACCGGCUCUCCACAGCUCAAUGACAGAUAGACUGGGGCCAGCCCUCCUCCUGGGCAGCUCCUGGUCCACUCUCACGCACUAGGAUGCUUAUUCGUCUCCUUCCUAUUCUGGCUCCCCUCCCCUUUGUCCAGUUUCUACCAGGGGGCCCUCAUGGUCUUCCAGGUCAUGGUGAUGAACCUCUGGCCUCAGGAUUGGCUCCCACGUUACCAUGCCGACAGGGCCGCCCAUACCUCCUUCACCCCCUCACUGCAGUCACCCCUCUGUCCUACUCCCUCUCUCAUGCUGACCCCCAGAAAGGCCACCUCAGUUCUGGGCAGCAGAGAGGGGAGGAUGGGGAUCGAGGGCUUGGAGAGGUGGGAAGGAAGUAUCCAGCCACUUGAGAAGAUGUGCACAUUCCCUGGGGGUUGAGGGUUCUGGCAGCUAAAAGAGGACCACGUUGAAAGGCGCCCCCUUCUGGCUGGGAGGGGCAGCGCUGGACAGAGUCUACCUUUUUGCAGUUUGGAACCACCGAACAAACACCUCUCCCCUGUUACUCCCACUGCUGUCCCAUUCUCUCUGUGUCUGAUAGUGAUACUGGUGAAGGUUCAUAAGCCUCGUAGUGGAGAAAAGUAACAGUUUACCGGUAGUUUCCAGUUUAAGGCAAGCUGGGUGUGAACUAGCUCAAGGCUAUUUCAGUUUCAUCAGGUGGUAACAUCCUAGCUACCCACUAACUCAUGUGUUGUGUCCUAUGUGUAAACGUGGAGAGAAGAAGAGAGGGAGAGAAUAUCAAGUCUGGAUAGAAUGAGCACCAGGACUUGCCUGGGCUGGCCCUGCAGGCUGAGAGACAGCACAGAAGACCCCACAAAGGGGGUCCUUGCCAGAAGACAGAGUCCAUCAAGAUGUCCUCACUCGAGCAGAAAGGGGCAGCUGAGUAGCAAGGAAACCCUGUAUUUCCAGGUGGACUUGAAGAGCUGCAUAAGUUUCCAGUGCCCAUUGGCUGCUGUUGAUGUGAUUGGGACUCAGGGUGUUUCCAGGGCGACAGGACUGCAGAUGAGACACAAAGUGUUGAUGCUGAUUCACUGUGUGACCCUGAUCCUUUCUCUCCCAGGGCCUCAGUUCUUCACUUAGAAAGCCAGUUGCUUGACCAGAUGAUCACAAAACACCCUCCCAGUUCUGGGCUCCAAGAGUCUGUGAACAACAUUAGAGCUUCUGGUCUAGUGGGUCAAGCCAAAGGUUUGAUCUGUGUCUCCAGAGAAGGUUCGCCGGACAUCAAAGGAGGCAGAGUCUUGGAGUGCUCCUAGUCCCCCACCCAGGCCUGGGGAGCAUCUGUCUUGGGACCCUGGCGGGGUCACCAGAUGUCAAGUUAUGGCACAGCUACCAUGAGCUGCUCAACCCUAGCAUCUGGGUAUUACAGAAAAAGAGCUUGGAUUUACUGUCUUGGAGGGGAAGGAGGGCUGUGACAGGGCCGGUGUAUUUCAUAGCCCUCCCCCCUCCCCCCGUAGAAACAGACCUCCUGGGGUUUACCUUGUACCCAUGCAAAUAUAUGGGUUAGCAGGGCAGGGAAGCCACUCCUCUAUUCCUGCUCCCCUGUAUCUGUGCCUGGACAGGUAGGUAACAAAACGUUAUUACACAGGUUAUUUCAGUCAAACUCCUGGGGUAGACUGUGCUGCCAUUUCCAUGGUGAAGCACUGGGUUCCUGUGCCUGGGGGUACUGCUCCCCACUCUUCCCCUUCUGGAUUUCAUGAAGACUUACCCUAACACCACAAUCCAAGGUCAACUCAGGGCACCCAUGCUCUCCUGGCCAGCCCUGGGGUCCUCGCUGCGGGUGUCCUGGGCAUCCGGUCAAGCACCUAGAGCUUGCUGGGGAGUUUACUCCUCAUUGGACAGCUACAGAGUUGAGGAGGUGCUGGAACAAUGCCUGGCAAGUGUGCUCUCUGGUGUCUUCCUCUGAAAACUUUGGGGCGGAUACAAGACCUUUUAGGAAUUGGGGUGAUUGUCCCUCCCCCCCAAAACCUCUUCCCUUACCCCAACCCAUGCACACUGGAAAUGUGAGGCUGGUUUCCAGCGUGGCUGGUUUCCACCUCAACAUCACACUCACCCUUUUGGGUUUAUCCCAGUGUGGAACUGGAAUUUCUUCAGCUUCAGGAAGCUUCACAGUCCCACCUGGCUUUUUACUGUUUGAACACAGGACCCCAGAAGGGCAGUAGUCAAGUUCAUUGGAAUUUGGGUUGACCAUCCUUGACUGUCAACUUUUCUGCUGGGUGCCAAGCUCAGGAGACACAGAAUUGGUCCAUCCCAGCCCCUGUCUGGGGAAGUUGGUGGCCAGGAAAAAGUUAUAGGGAGGAGUAGAAUGGGGCUGUGCUUUCAGGCCUCCAUCUGCUUCUCCACAUUGUGCCUUGAUGUGAAUCCGAACAGCGCCCCCUUCUGGGAGGAUCCAGCCCACAUGACAUCGCAGUGGGGUAAGGGGCACAGAGGCUGCAGUCUAGCCCCCCUUUGGGCCGAGUGCUCUUCUGCACAGCGUGGCUGCAACACACUGGGCCUCUCAGACCCAAGCGCUUCCUGAGGCUCUUCCUGAGAGGAAGGCCUGAGCAUCUUCCCAAGCUCUGGUUGGCUCCAGACCCCAUGCCACCUGCAGCCCCCAAACACGCAGAGCGCCUCUCCAUGUGGAGUCAGGUGGGACUUGGAGUGAACCUGGCAUGGGGGCGCACCACUGGCGCCAGGCCCCAGCCCAUGUAUUGAGUCCACACACACUGGGGGCCCGUGCUGACCAUGCAGCUCCAUCCUGGGGCUUUCCAGUGGGCUGUGCAUGCAGCAUGCAGAUAGCAGUCUGGGCAGGAAGGAAGAACAGAAAACAUCUGCCAGGCAGAGGACCGUCUAAAUCCUCUCAGCUCUCCAGUCCAAGUGAGAAAAGUUCCCUUGAAGAUCAGGCCUGGGCUUUGCUGGAGUUCACGGGCCACCUCAGCCUCAAUCCCGGGCAGGUGUGUUGGUUCAUCUGGGGUGGUGGUUGCUGCCGAGCUGAUUCCAACCUGGCGCAGUGAGAGGCAGCCCACCGCUCCCCCUGAGCAAGUCACUCAACCUCAGGGCUGGGCCCUCAGGUACACCAGUCAGGACUUCCCUCAUGCCUGGAGGCUCUGAGGCCAGGUGAGAUGAAAGUCAGGGGCAGAGCUGGGUCUCAGUGGUCCUGCACGUGCAGGGAAGCUGCCCAAGUUCACGCAGGAUGUUCGCUGGAGCUCAGCCCUUCUUCCACCAGUCUCGAGGUCUUGCCCUCCUCAUCACAUGCCAGCCAGAAUGAGAUGCAGCCAAUUAGGCUUUGGAGGGCUGGCGGAGAGGGAAAUGCAGACGUUCUUCAGGAAUGCCAUGCCCAGGGCAUGUCCAGCACCCAGGACAGAUGGGGAACAGGACGUGGGUGGUGUCAUGGCUGUGGAGGUGGCAUUCUGCACCCAACUAGGACUGGCCCCCACACUCCCAUCUCUCGGACCCCUCAGGCCAAGCAGCUUUGGCUCUGAUCCCUGGCUAGGGCGAGCCCUCAGACCAGGGGCUCUGAAGCCACCCCUCCUGCAGCAGAGAGCCUGAAGGAGAGGUGGUACAGCGAUUGCUUGCCCCUUCCCUUCGGAGCCAAAGGGCCGCUCCAGGAGAAGAAGCUGUUGCCUUUGCCUCCUGGUAACAUUUACAAGGGGUCGGGGCAGGGAGGCCUCAGCCCUCUUUCUUACCCUCGGAGCUGAGCCCCACUGGCACACCCCCAAUGGCUUCAGCAAUCCACAAAGGCAGCUUCUGUCCUGCCAGCAACUGGAGAGUGGACAUUCUCCACCCAUCCCAGAGGAAGGCACUAGGCCCCUCUCUUCUUGAACUUUUAUAGGAUUUCAUGGACUUAGGCCUAUAGCUGUUCUGAUGUUUUUCUUUUUAAAGUCAACAAGGACCAAACCAGACUCCCCCUUCCACCCACUAUACAUAAGCCUGCAUUGGGCCAGUGUUUUGCCAUCCUGGCCCCAGGAGGUCCAUAACUGCCCUCCCUCCAGGACUGAAAUAGCCUACCUAUGGGGCAGGUGCCCCACCUCUGCCCUCUCUGCAUGAUUACUGCACAGUGGCUUCACAGCAACUCAAAGAGAGGCCAGUUGAAGGGGAAGCAUCCUCCCCUUAUCACUCUCUCCCAAAUCUUCACCCCGAAAGGGAAGUCAAAGCACAGGUUCCCAGGACCCCAGAUCUGCAGAUGUGCUAAAACUGGUUUUCAAACAAGGUGCUGUGGAACCCCAAGGGUUCCACAGAACUGUGUCAGGGGACAGUAAGGUGGGGAGAUAGGGGUGAAGCAAAGGCUGUCUCCAGCCUUCCCCCCUAUUCCCACUUCUACCAGAACGACUCUGCUUUUAUCUGUCUCAACUAUUGGGGUAUUACCUCCAAACUUUCUCUUGAAUAAUGUCUUCAAACCACUAUUCUGAGGUUUGAUCUUAGACCAGCAAGCACAGGUUCUAAUCUUGCUUUUCAUGUUGGAAUGGCUCCAGCAUUGCAAUACAAAGUACCUUUGUAUUGGAACUUGGGUCAGAGACCCAAGCCCAAGCACUUGCUCAUUCAUGCGCGCGUGCACACACACACACAUACUAUCACUCAAUGGUUUUGUAGCCCACACACCCUGAAACUCUGGCCUGGGUUUGAUUUGGGCAGGAGUCUGGUGCUCAGUGAGGAUGAGUCUUGACCCUGAGUGGCCCAUGCAGUGUGGGGGAACGUGGAGCAAGGAGGCUCAGCCCCACCCAGGAUGUACAGGCACUCCAGGAUGACACCCCUCGUCCCUGCCCAUGCCCAAGGGAUAACAGAGGGGCAGUGUGAUGUGCAAUGAGGUUUUUUACAUAAGUACAGCCAGACACACGUCCAGAUUUCAUGAAAGAAACAAGGAGGAGGACUUUAUGGCUCCAAUCCCAUCCCCUCCAGACACCUAGGCAGCAAGUUGCUUGGGCGAUUCUGAUGGGAUUCCAUUCCCACCUUGUGGCAGCCAAGUAUGCGGGCAACAUGUGGGUGCCCAGAGAGAAAGGGUCCCCCAAUGCAGUUCCCCACAUUCUCUCCCUGCCAACUUGUCCCUCUGCUGGGGCUCCUCACAGGGUUGACUGAGGGGUAGGCACUUUGGAGAGACCUCGACCAGACCUUGGCACAGAACCUUGCCUAGCACCUCCCCUCCCAAACCAUCAGGGCAUUCUAGAUGACCAGCUGAGGCUCAGGGCACAGCAUGCCGUGUGGCAUGGGAGAAAGUUCCAACUGGUAUUCUACGUCCGGUCGAGUGUUCCCUGGGGGAACCCUACUGACCUCACUUUCCCCAGGUGUCUGAUGAGACAAAUGCCAGGCUGUGCCACCUCACAGGGGUUACGGCAGCUCACAGGAGAGGUAAAUGACAGGGAGGGGCCUCAUCAGGUGGGGGUGGGGCAGGGGCCACAGAGAGCCCCCCGGGGAAUGAGUGUGUGGGAGCCCCCAGGUUCCUGGGGCACCUCACCCACUGUUCUGCCUCUCCCUCUGAGUGGGAGCAGUGUUCAGCCCAAGGAUGGCCUCUGGUGCAUCCUGGGAUUGGGGAGAGGCAGGUGGCUGGGACAGGUCUCCAGGUCUGUGGCUCUUCUGUUAAGUGGUUACUUUGUGACACCCUCAUUCUUGGGUCACCUAGAAUCUGUUUAUCUGUUUUUCCUGUGGCAUUCCUUAUUAUGUCAGAUAAGUUAUUACAGUUUAUUCAACUCUAACAGGACAAAUGAACAAAAGAACCAUAAAUAAAAAGACAAUAAAGGUCUUUUGUCACAGGUA